AUGGAAACAUUUAUCAUUACGAUGUCGGUGCGUACUUUGAGCUGUGCGGCACCCUUUGUACUUUCUGACUACUCGUUUUUACGCGCAGCCAUCACACCAGACAAUCUUCCGACCACCUUGAACACAAAGCUAAUCCGACACCUACAGGACGCAGUUGCGCGUGGUAUCUUUGCUGAAGCUCGUGCCGUUUACGAUGGCAAGAAAAACCUCUACUCCUCGGUUAAACUCAACUUGGGACCGACGGAUACAGCGACAUUCGAUGUCCCCGCGCCAGAUCGUCCUGCUCGAGGAGAUCGUCCCCCAAGGCUAUAUGCAAUCAAGAUCGCACUGGUCAAUACGAUCGGGACGGAAUUGCUUCAUCGCUUUGUCGAGGGGAAACAAUCGGAGGACGAUAGAAUCAAGACUGCGCUACAAGCACUCAACAUCGUCAUCAAGAUGGCACCGUCCCUCUUGUACCCAACCAAGGGACGCUCGUUCUUUACUUCCGCGGGGGCCAGACCCAUUGGCGCAGGUCUUGUCUUGUGGCGAGGCUACUUUCAGUCGUUUCGACCUACACUAGGCAAGAUGCUCGUCAACGUCGAUAUCUCAACGGGUGUCAUGUACCGCGACGGCCCCUUGAUUAACCUAUGCCUUGAAAACAUAGGACAGAGUGACCCUGGUCGGCUUAACGCUGCUAUGCCAGAUCGCAUCCGUCUGAAGCUCCAACGCUUCCUGGUCGGUGUUCGAGUUGCAGUAAAGCCUGCCGAUGGUGCAGGAGAAGAACGCGUUUACUCGAUCAAGAGACUCAGUCGGCGGGGAGCAAACGAAGAGUCGUUCAGCACACGUGACGGAAAGACACUCACCGUCGCCAACUACUAUCGCCAGAUGGCCAAUAAUCGCCCGCUCGAGCGCCCGGCGCUGCUUUGUGUUGAGGUUGGCCAAGGCGCUCUCAUUCCACUGGAGCGCUGCAGAGUGCUGCCCGGACAGCUGUUCAAGAAAGAGUUCCCGGACGAGAAGCGCACAGAUAUGGUGGAGUUUUCGACCCAGAAGCCCAAGGAGCGCUUCACCAGCAUCCGCAACAGUCUCCAAGUGUUGCAAUAUGGACAAUCUGACUACGUCCGCAAGUUUGGCGUCACCAUCGGCACCGAGCUGAUUAAAUCGACUGCCCGGAUCAUCCAAGCUCCCAGGCUCAAGUAUGGGGGAGCCGGCGGUGGUACGACUGUUGAUGUGCGAGGAGGUACAUGGAACAUGGCAGAUAAGAAAUUCCAUCGGCCAGCCGAAAUUUCGUAUUGGGUGCUCGUGACCCUUGACCCGCGUUUCCCCGAGCCCGCUCUGCAGCAAGUUGCCACUGACCUUGUCAGAGGUUGCCGCGCAACAGGCAUGACUGUGAGGGACCCCAAUCCCAUCGUCCGUCGGAUUAAUCCUCAGGAAAACAUUAUGAAUGCAUUGACAGCGGCCGGCGGCGACUGUGCGAAUGCCCCAAACAAGGGACCACCAGUCUUGUUUGUGAUUAUCCUACCGGACCUGGGCAAUGCGGACUUGUACAACAUUGUCAAACAUUGGGGUGAUGUCCGCCAAGGCGUUGCAACACAAUGCCUCAAGUCCAAGAAGUGCAGCCGCGCAAAUGCGCAGUACUGGGCAAAUGUUGCAUUGAAAAUCAACGUUAAACGCGGCGGUAUCAACGUCAUUACUGACCCCAGCCAGGUUGCGACUCUGGGCGACCCGCGCCAGCCGACAGUGAUCAUUGGUGCUGACGUUAUGCAUCCGCCACCUGGCGCUCUCGACCGACCGUCCUUCGCGGCGGUUGUCUCUAGCGUGGAUACAAACUCCGCAAAAUACGUAGCCACAAUGGGCAUCCAACCGGGACGGCAAGAGCUUAUACAGUCACUCGGAAGUAUGACGAAAGAGAUGCUCGAGAGCUACAUGGGCUACCGGACGGCCGUCGAGAAGGCUCUUUCGGCAGCCCCACAGCGACUUAUCUUCUACCGCGAUGGUGUGUCUGAAGGCCAGUUCGCCCAAGUUCUUGCUGAAGGUUGGUUUGCUGCUGCAACUUUAUCUUCUUAUGCUUAUCCUCCUCACACAGAACUGCCGUUGAUCAGGGCUGCCUGCGCCGAACUUAAAAUCAAUCCCAAGAUCACUUUGAUUAUUGUUGGGAAGCGGCACCACUUCCGCUUUUUACCCGCGAGAGACAAUGAUGCGGACCGCAGCGGGAACUGUCCAGCCGGGACGGUCGUGGACCGUGAUAUUGGCCAUCCGCUGGAGCUGGACUUCUACCUGCAGAGCCAUGCGGGAUUGCUGGGGACUAGUAGGCCUUCCCAUUAUUCAGUGCUUCACGAUGAAAACAACUUUUCGCCUGACGCUCUUCAAUCGCUUUCAUUCGCGCUCUGCCAUGUUUACGCGCGCGCCACGCGCUCGGUCUCUAUCCCAGCACCCGUUUAUUACGCCGACAUCGUCUGCUCGCGUGCGAAACACCGCUUCAACCCUCUUGCGGGAAGUGAGACCCACACGGCGACGACCGACCCCGAGCAGGCGUAUCAGGCGCUCGAAGCCGAGUUUCAGCAGAUUCACCCCAGGCAGAAGAACUUGAUGUAUUUCUCGUGA